AUGUCGACGGGAUACGAUGAUGUGGGGACUCCCUGCCCCACAGCCUGGAGAAGAGACAGCAAAUUGCCCUUUAGAAACAGCACGUAUAUUAGUGACUUCUAUGAUGAGUUUGGGCUUUGCGAAGGCGAUACCGCCACAAUCGACUUUACCGCUGAUGUCCGCGCCCCGUUAACAAAAGUGAAACCGAGGAAGGGAGGCCAGGCAAAAGCGUUCAGUAUUCACGAGGAUGGGCUUGAUAACUUCGGGCCCGUGAAGGGCAAACCAACUGAGCCAGGCCUACGUCAAAAAGUCAAACCUAUAUGCAAAAGCUCGUCGAUGUUCUCUCAACCAGCUCAAAGAUUUCAACGACCUAGAGUCAGUUUCGCCGCUCUGGAAGCGCCUAAAGCAGAAGAACCUGCCGUGCAACGGAAAAGCCCUCCACAACCUAAUAAGUCACCUGUCAUAAGCAAUCGUAUUACGAAGCAGAAAGAGGAGCAACCACCAGUCAUUGCCGCCGAUCCUCUGAAGAAGUCAAUUAGGAGAAGAACAAUUUACAUUCCUUCUGAAGACACAACUGUGCCCUCUGUUUUCAUGGGUAUAUUCAGCCCAAUCAAAAACGUAAAUCCUCUGAAAGGAAAUGACGAUAUCACCGAAGCUUCUGAGAUUGGGAGCUUAGAAUCCAAGAUUAUUCGGAAGCGGUCAGCAAGGAAGUCACUCUCCGUCGCGCCUCGCCGCGCACCUCUUCAGCCUACGUUAAAACCGAUGCAAGAAUCUAGCAUAAAACAGGAUAUACCAGGUCAGAAUGGUGGAAAGGAGAACAUGCCUCCAGGCGGUGUAACCAUUUCUAGCACCAAACAUGGGAAACUUAAAGGGGCAGAUUUCCCUGUCUUCGAUGUGCCGCAUGUUGAAAAGAGGAAGAACGCAGGCGCUGUGGAGCCCGUGAAAAGGACUACAUCAAUUGUUAAGCCAGCCAUGGAAGCGAAGCCAGAGACUCGGAGCAAUCCUCCGCCCGCGAACAGGAAGGCCCUUGGUAAUAAACCAAGUGUGACCCUGAACUCCAAAAUAAGCUUGCGGGGGAAAAACACCUCUAAUCCAAAGACCAACGUGAAGGCUGUCCCAAGUCAGGGGUCCAGACCAUCACGUUCGUCUCCUGUCCCUAAGCCCUCAGCGAGAGGGAAGCCUGCAGUGGCACAACGAGCUCCAACGAAACUUACAGGUCCCAAGACCCUUCAGUUAAGAAUCGAUCAGAAAUAUCCUCUCCUAAGCGAAGACAUAUCUAACCCCGCUAUGUAUGAGGAGAAUUGGCUUGCACAUCAAGAGGCGGCAAUCACUCAACUUGUGAAUGGUCUUUUUGACUCUGCACGGGGGAAUACAGGACUAUAUGACAGCGAUACCCUUAGGCACGAACUUCUGGGAAUCUACCAAGGAGCCCCCUUCUCCCUCCUAUACAAGAGAAUCCACGCAUCUCUCCUAUACGGUGCAUUGGGCGUACCUAAAGAUGUGUUGGCUCGCGGAAAUGGUUUGAAGGAGGACAUCGGACGAAAACGCACAUUCUUGAAUUUUUGGAUAGAAACUUAUGACCUAUCCGCUCUUCGAGCCGCCGCGGAAACAGUGAUCGGUCGAAGAAUACCCGUCCCAAGUCGGCCAUCUAGACUCAGCGAUUCCAAGACUUCGGUUUUUCCAAGGGAGGGCAGACAGCUCCGUCGUACAUUGGAGUCCUUUUUGGAAACAUUUAUUCUUCGAAACGAGGAUGUUGGGCCUACAAUUGCUAGCCAAGAUGGGGAGGAUGUUGGUACACCGCGUUGGUCUUACCGAAGAACUAUUCUGCGCAGUAUCAUGAUAAUUGUGCUCCUCGACAAGGCGAGGUCAAAUUCAGGAACUACACUGCCGCGAUGUUUGUUUAACCCGUCGUCAAAAUAUAAGUCAUCCGCAGCUGCUCUCCAGGGCUUAGGAGCUAUGUUGUUACCGUCUGUUGGAGACAUUACUCGGCCAUUAAGUCACCUUGACUGCAGAGUAUACUUCAAACAACACCCUCUACAAGAAUACGAUUAUCGCAUUAACAACCUUGCGGUAGAUCUUCGAGAUGGUAUACUUCUUACGAGGCUGGUAGAACUACUUCUAUACCCAUCCGCUUCAGCUAUGCUCUCUCAAGAACAUGGCCCUGAUGCCACCGCCACUGCACUAGCCAUGCCAACGGGAGAAAUCUUGUCUCUUGUAGAAGGAGAGGAAGACUGGAUACUCUCUCAACAUCUAAAGAUACCCUGCAUUGGUCGGGCAACGAAAUUAUUCAACGUGCAAAUUGCGCUAGGCGCUCUGGCCGGCGUUCAGGGCAUUGGCAGCAUAGCCCAAGGGAUCCGUGCCGAGGAUAUCGUCGAUGGAUACCGCGAAAAAACCAUAGCGCUGCUGUGGGGCCUUGUUGGAAAAUGGGGAUUGUCUGUCUUGGUGGACUGGGACGAUGUUAGGAAGGAAAUUCGACGGUUGGAAUUGAAAGCAGCAACUUGUGGUGCAGGUAGUGGAAGCGGGCGCGAAUCCGAAGCUAGCAGUGAAGAGGUAGAAGAAGAAGAAGAAGAAGAAGAAGAAGGAGAAAAAGCUGAUUUCGAUGCAUGCUAUGAGAGGCACUCGUUCCUUCUCAAGAAAUGGGCGUCAUGCCUUGCGCGACUUGGGGGAGUUCGACUUGAUAACUUGACAACGAGCUUUGCUGACGGGCGGAUUUUCGGGAGCAUUGUGGAUGAAUACGAGGGCUUCAUCGUUGGGGAGGAAGGGAGGCUGAAUAGCUCAACAAGCUUGGAUGUGAGACUGAGGUUUUUGGGCUGCAGUAGUCAAUUUGCCUCGCUUGUGACCCCGUCACUUCCACCCUCAUGCGUAUCCUCAUCUCAUUUUUUUGAUCGGGAUUUCACUCUCUCAGCUCUGGCUUUUCUUUGUAGCAGGCUUUUACCUGCCUCGAAAAGGGCGCGGGCAGCGAUUGUUCUACAAUCAGCUUGGAGACGAACGCAUGCUCGACGUCAACUCCAAAAACGCAUCAUCCUGGGAAAGAUCGCAACGGAAUGUAUGGAGGUUGUACAGGAGAGGAAGAAGUUACUAUGGGCAAAGGGGGUCAUCGUUCGUUGGUGGAGGAAUGUCGUGGGUAACAGUGAGAAGAAGAAAUGCCUCAUAAGGAAAAUUGGGCCCUCUUCUGACAAACAUCCAGCAAGAAAAUCGAGAGCUACAGCUCAUCCUAGAAAUAAAGCAGUGUCGAGGAGAUGGAGUGCCAAAGUUGCCUUCGCGGAGGAUGCUGACCUGGGCCAAGGUCAAGAUGGGCGGUUGGCGACAGGUGAUCUUCAACCUAUAGAGGAGGAUCUAUGGCUUGACCUUUGA